ACCAGACUCGACACCACGGCCCGCCAUCAACAGGCUUCUUUGAAUGCCGAUCAUGCUCAGAACCAUGUAUAAGCCAGGCUCUCUCAUUCGAUCCCGUUCAGCAAAAUUUGCGCACUAAAAGCAACACCUCUUAAAUCCCGACAAAUGCUGUCGGGAAUCAUCUCUCCGUCACAACUGCGAGCCUUGUAGCGCUUUUGACAAGCGCUCUGUAACCUCCAUCAUGGACAGCCUGGUCGCCGCAUCCGGCUACAAGUUCAGUAAGGCCGAUAGGAAGUUGGGCAAAAAGAAGCUGAAAACGCUGUCUGGGAAGGAGAAUGAGACGAAUGGUCUUAAGAAUGGCGUCGCCUCCUCCCAAGCGCCGUCACCUGUUCUGCCGAAAUUCGACGAGGAAACUAUGGCCAACUUUCCGGACGGCAAACAAGAGGCCCUCGAGACUCUGAUAUGCAAGCACUGCAAGAAGGUGGUGCUGAAGCGGACGGCUAAAGAACAUGUCGCAUUGUGUCUCAAAUCCAAACAAGAGAAGGCUCGCAAGAAAAAGGAGGCUCGAGAGGCAGCACAAAGGGCUAAAGAACGAGCUGAAAGAGCAGACGAAGAAGAUGACGAUGACGACGAUAUCAAAGGAGGGAAGAACAACGGCGAAGGAGAUGACAAGAAGAGCAAAAAGCGUAAAGCUGAGGACGACGACGAUAGAGAGCCGAAAAAGAAAAAGACAAAGAAAGAAGAGGCGAAAGCGAAGGCGCCCAAGCCCAAGGGACCAGUCGAUGUCGAGAAGCAGUGCGGUGUUACUCUGCCAAACGGUGCCCAGUGUGCCAGGAGUUUGACUUGCAAGUCUCAUAGCAUGGGAGCCAAACGUGCGGUGCCUGGCAGAAGUUUGCCUUAUGAUAUGUUGCUUGCGGCAUAUCAGAAGAAGAACCAAGCACGACAGCAAAAAGCGGCGAUCGACGCCAACGCCCCGGCUCUUCUGGAAGAGGAUCUCGAUCCAACACUAGCAGGACCUGUCGAUUCUGAUGAAGAACGCGAUGCCGUUAUGUCGGCCAUAGCGAGAAGUCUAGCCAGCCCUCAGCCGCUUGUCACCGCACCCUUAGUCCCCAGGAGACGCAAUUAUCAGCUCAUUCGCCUCAGAGAGACGCUGUCCAACGCCAUGAGCGGCAAUAGAGGUGCAGGAUUGUUCAGCGUACCGGCCGACGCUGGUCGCAGUGCGGUUCCUCCAUCUGCAACCCAUGAUGCUUUCUCGCAAGCCAUAUCUGCUUCACCAGCGCCGACAGGCGUUGGCAUGGCUCAACCAGGCAUGAGAGCACAUUCCAGAAAGACAUCCAUUGACGUAUCCUAGGAGGACGUCUCCGAUACGGACAGCAAGGCCGAAGAAGACGUGCCGGAAACAGAGCAGGACGAACCUGCAGAUGUUGUUGGCCCGCUCAAGUACGAAUUUUCAACAACACCCAAGUAUAAAGGCGCCGAUAGCGAGUACCAGGACGAGACUCCAGUUCUCACGCCUGACGAAGAUGACAGCCAGAACGAGGGUCGAUCUUCAACAGUCACUGCUGAAGACAAUGAUAGCCUGCUGGGAGACUCUGGCAAGUCGGAAGUUGUGACCGAUAGCGAUGAUGUCGUUGUUCCUGGUCGAGGCAAGACCAUAGCGCGUACUCCUAUUCGUUCGGAAGUCCGUCCACCUACCCGUCGGUCACAACGUUCCCGACGUUUCAAUCCGCGCUUUAGCUGAAGUGAGUGAGCCUUCUCGGUCACAGACUAGCAAAGCUUGCGAUUCUUGUCUUGCGAUUCUUGUCAGCGACCCUGCGCACGCCAGUGCUUCGAAGCACCUCAUUUCGAUCGAUGUCCAACACAUCCUCCACCAAUUGGUUAUGGCUUGACGACCUCAAACGCAUUUCUUAAAGCAAAUGCUAGCAUUCGUCCCGCCGAAACCAAAACUAUUGGUAAGCGCCACUUGCACCUUUGCCUGUUGCGCAGUAUUUGCAACGUAGUUGCAAUCGAAGCCCUCACCACGCGAAAACAGAUUGGUCGUGGGAGGCAACAUGUUCUGGGGGAAAGUCAGUCUGGGAAAAGAGAGGCAGACAUCCUAUGGCAACCCCUACCUCGUUUAUCGUUAGGAUAGUGAAAAGAGCCUCGACAGCUCCCGCAGCACCUAGUAGAUGGCCAAUGGCGCCUUUGGUGCUGCUAACAUUGAUCUCAGAAGCUUUUUGUCUUCCG